AUGAAUAUCAUCUCUUGGAAUGCUCGGGGCUUGAGCAAUCCGAGAGCAUUCCGUCAAUUGCGUUUGCUCAUAUCUCAAAAAAAACCUGAUGUAAUUUUUAUUAUGGAAACUAAGCUUAGUGUAGGUUCUAUUUCUAAAUUUCGCAAUGCAUUUAAAUUUCCUAAUGGUAUAGAGGUUCCUAGAAUAGGUCUUAGUGGUGGUUUGCUUUUUCUUUGGAAUUCUAAUGUAAAUGUAACUAUUAUAAAUUAUGGAAGGCACUUUGUUGAUUGUUAUAUAGCUCUUCUUGAUGGGCCUACUUGUCACUUCUCUGGUUUUUACGGAUCUCCUGUUGUUGCACAAAGAAAAUUCACUUGGGAACUUUUAAAGAAGCUCAAAGACUCGGCCCCUUUACUGCCUUGGCUUGUCAUGGGAGACUUUAAUGAGAUUAUUUCCCACACAGAUAAAUUAGGAGGCCCCAUAAAAAAUGAUUCUCAAAUUGAUGAUUUCCGAAAUACCAUUGAUGCAAGUGGAUUACAAGAAUUGAUAUUUGAGGGUGAGAGAUUUACUUGGCACAACAACAAUACUUGUGGUUCCAAUGUGAAGGAACGAUUGGAUUAUGGAUUCAUUAACUCUCCUUGGAUUCAGGUCUUUAAGGUUCCAAUUAUUUCCCAUCUUGAUUUUUUUCAGUCCGAUCACAGGGCCACAAUGGUUAAUGCUCAGCCUCUUUCGUCCAUUCCUGCACAGAAAUUCAAAUCUAGAUUUAGAUUUGAAAGGCUAUGGCUCCAUGAAGAUGAUUGUUCUACCAUUAUUGCAAAUAACUGGCAUUCUUCUUUGGCUAACCCGACUUCACAGUUGCUGCAAAAUCUUGCAGAUUGUGCCACCAACUUACAAUCUUGGCAUAGAGCUAAAUUUGGAGACUUACCAAAAAAGAUCAAGAUCUCUCAAGACAAAGUUGCUGCCCUUCACAACUCAUAUGACACUAGUAGAUCUCAUUUUGAAGAACUCAAAUCAAGUGAACACAUCCUUGACGAAUUACUUUCCCAAGAAGAAGAAUAUUGGCAACAACGAUCAAGAACUUCAUGGCUAAAAUCGGGUGAUUCCAACACCAAAUUCUUUCACCAAAAAGCUAAUACUAGGAAUAACACCAACAGAAUCAAAGAACUUCUCGAUGACCAAGGUGUUUUACAUACCACACAGCAGGGAAUUGGUUCGAUUGUUGAGAAUUAUUUUCAAAACAUUUUCUCUACUGCUGGUUUCGAUGCUGAAGCAGUACAGUAUGUGUUAAACAAAGUGCCGUGCACCAUAUCAGAUGAGAUUAACAGUUUGCUACUGGUGCCAUAUACUCGUGAGGAUGUUUUUAAUGCUCUAUCUUCUAUGAGUGAUGAUAGCAGCCCUGGGCUUGACGGAAUGUCGGUCAUGUUCUACAUUAAUUAUUGGCAUAUUGUGGGUGACUUGGUGUCUCAAACUGUCCUUCAAGUGCUGAAUAAUGGUGCGGAUCCUUCUUGUUUCAACCAAACUCUAAUCACUCUGAUCCCUAAAGUUAAGAAGCCGAACUCAAUGUCCCAGCUACGUCCCAUCAGCCUUUGUAAUGUGCUAUACAAAUUAGUCUCUAAAGCAAUUGUGAUUCGAAUAAAACCUUAUCUGUCAAUGGUUAUAUCCGAAUCUCAAAGUGCUUUCCUCCAAUCAAGGCUCAUUACGGAUAACGUUUUGGUUGCUUUUGAACUCCUCCACUCCUUAAAACACUUAAAGAGAGGCAAGGAAGGAUAUGCAGCCAUUAAGCUUGAUAUGAGCAAAGCCUUUGAUAGAGUAGAAUGGCAUUUUGUUCAUAGCAUGAUGAUUACAAUGGGGUUUGCUCCAGCAAUUGCAGAUCUCAUUUACCGAUGUAUCAGCACGGUCUCAUAUUCCUUUUCGGUCAAUGGUUCUGCACGUGGCCACCUAAUUCCAACCCGAGAGCAAGGUGGUAAUUUACAUGGUCUUAGUAUUGCAAGAGGUGCUCCGAGUGUAUCUCAUUUAUUCUUCGCUGAUGAUAGCCUUGUUCUCUGCCGUGCUAAUCACAAAUCCGCCAUGGCUAUCAAGCGAUCACUUGCUUAUUAUUGCAGAGCUUCAGGGCAAAGUCUCAAUAUUGAUAAGUCGGUUCUCUCUUUUUCUCCGAAUACUCUUCCCGCUAUUCAGCAACAUAUACAACAGGUUCUUCAAAUGGAAAUCAAACCUUGUCAUGAGCGUUAUCUAGGCUUACCUUCUUAUUCAGGAAGAGAUAAAAAAAUACUUUUUGGAGACAUUAAGGAUAAGCUUUGGAAUUUAUUAUCAGCUUGGCAAGAGAAGCUCUUCUCCAUUGGCGGCAAAGAAGUUUUGCUCAAAGCGGUGGCACAAUCCAUCCCAACUUACGCUAUGAGCUAUUUUAAACUAUCCAAAUCUCUCAUUGGUCAGAUUGAAACCAUGUGCAACAAAUUUUGGUGGGGCUCUAACUCCUCCUCUUCGGGUAUAAAUUGGAAAACAUGGAAAGCUUUAACACAAUCAAAGGUUCAAGGAGGUAUGGGUUUUAAGAGUUUUGUUCAUUUUAAUCAAGCUUUAUUGGCAAAGCAAGCUUGGUUAAUUUUCUCAAAUCCCAAUUCACUUCUAUCCCGUAUACUCAAACCUCGAUAUUUUAAGCAUAAUUCCUUUCUUGAUGCUACUUUGGGUUCUUACCCAUCUUUAACUUGGAGGGGAAUUAUUUGGGGUAAAGAACUUCUUCAAAAAGGGCUUCGCUGGAAGGUCGGUAAUGGUGAAAACAUUUGUUGUGCAUCAAGUCCUUGGCUGCCUGGAAUCACUUCAUUUAAGCCGUUGGUUUUUAAUGGGACAAAUAUCAAUAUGAAGGUUGCUGAUCUUAUAAAUACUGAUCGACAAUGGGACCAUGACAAGCUUUCAUUGCUCUUUCUUGAAUCGGAUGUCACCAAAAUAAUCAGCUUGCCAUUAACACUUACUUCUCAGCAAGAUCAACUCAUAUGGCAUCAUGAUUCUCAUGGGUUCUAUACGGUUAAAUCGGGGUACAAACUUGCUACAGAUUUGGAAGAACAACAACCGAAUGGCAGCAGUAUUCAAGCUCAACAAUGGUGGCAAAAGUUUUGGAAAAUGAGAGUACCAUCAAAGAUUAGAAUUUUCUUAUGGCGUGCUAUUCAUGAUUGUCUCCCAGUUGCGGAUAUCCUUCACUAUCGACACAUUUCGGAUGACGAUCGCUGCUCUUUGUGUGACAGAACGAAAGAAACCAUCACUCAUGCUCUUUUUUUCUGCAAAAGGGCCAAAAAAGUUUGGCAAAAUUCAGCUUUUAAUAUUGCUGAUCUGCUUCCUCCAGGAAUGAAAUUGAUGGAAUUUUUUCUUCAUAUUUCACCUUGCUGGUCUUCUUUGCAGCUUGAACAAUUUGCUACUAUUUUAUGGAGCAUUUGGACAGAAAGGAAUAAAGAGAAACAUGGCACGAAACCAAAACCAUAUGAUGUUCUUCUUUAUUUUGCACUCUCGUAUUUGGAUGAUUAUCACGCUGCUACACAACCAUCAGCACCUACGGCAUCAACAAUUUCUGCUGCUCUUUCUACAGCAGGGAAUUCGGCAGUUGCUUGGAUCAAUCCUCCUUCGGGUCGCCUGAAACUGAACACAGACGCUGCUAUCAACGCAAGGAAUCAAAUGUCUGGGUUUGGUGCUGUUCUCAGAAAUAGCUCUGGUGACAUUAUUGCUGCAAUGUCUUGCCCCUUCAAAGGCUGUUUUAAACCCGACAUUAUGGAAGCUUUAGCUCUUAUGCAUAGUCUACAGUGGAUCAAAGACCUUCAACUACCAGUGCAUUUCAUUGAGACGGAUUCUUUGGCAGUGGUUAAAGGUUUAUUAUCUUCGCAGGAGCUAGUUUCUGAUUUCCAUAGUUUGAUUAAUGACAUUUCCCUUUUAGUUUCCAACUUCCCUGGAGCUCAGGUCUCUCAUAUUUAUCGAUCUGCUAAUAAUGCCGCUCACUUGCUGGCUAGAUAUGCUCUUUCGGCGGGAACUAAAUGUUCAUGGUUGGAGGAAGUUCCUCCGCCAAUUAUGCCUAUUGUAUUUUAA